AUGGAUACAGAUUCAGCGAAUGACACUUUUUUAUGGUCUUUGACAGAAAUAGAAAAUGAUUGCUCAUUAUGUUUAAGACAAAUUGGUAUAUCGAAUAAUAUACCAGGGGUAGUCCUUCCAUGUUGUCAACAAGUUGUUUGUGAAGAUUGCUAUAAGGAUGAACUAAUUAACAAAAAUAAUGGAAGCUGCCCAUUCUGUUUUUUUAAGGGUAACAACAAAGGCCAUAAAUCAUCAAUGUCUAUAAAUAAUCCUGGGAUGUCUAUGAAUGGUGUGAUUAACACUGUAAAUCCAACGGCAAUGGCAUCAGUGAUUGCUUUACCAAACGGAUCUGGCCCUAACGCCAAUUGUCUAUCCUCGGUUGGAAGUGGAUUGCCACUUGAUCUUUCCUGUUGGCUACCACAAAACCUUACUGCCAUUUGUAAUCCCGGAUUUCAAUCAAAUAAUUCUAGUACAUGUGCUACAUCUCCCUAUUAUAAAAGUAAUAGUACGAGUGCUGGAGAGGGAUUUAAUCAAGAUGGUUUUAUAUAUAUGAGAGGGAAUCCCAUUCCAGGUGUUGUAUGUGGAGUAAAUUCAAUUAAUGUUGGCGUAGGUACUUCUAAUGUAAAUGUACAAAAUUCUCAACCAUCUCCAUUUGGAGUACUUAAUGAUGGGUUUUGGAACAAUUCACACAAUUCUGUAGCAUUACAGAACAAUGCAACAAACCAUAAUGCUACGGGGAGCUCCACUAAUGGCUCGUUUAUAUCAGACCCUUGGAUGUCUACAAGCAGUGGUUAUUCUCCAUCUAAUGGGUUUUUGCAUGACUUUAACUCAUAUGACAAUAAUAUUAAUAAUAGUAACUUAAAUCCAAAUAUGAAUUGUUCUAAUACGGAGGGUAUAACUGAUACAAGUGCUAAUAUAAAUCACAUAAAACAAUGUAACAGCGGAGUGAAUAGUUUAAUGAACAAUAUGCAGAACUCUAAGAUAAUUAAUGUUAUGAACAAUUUAAAUGAAACAAGAAACUCCAUUAUAGAAACUGACAAAAAAGUAUGUGAUUUAAUUAAUGAAGGAAAUAAAGACAACUUAUAUCAACCAGGCAUUAAUGUUAGUACUUUUAAUUCUGCUGCGCCAAAUUUGGUAAAUAUUUCUAAUAAUAAUACAUCGGAUAUUUACCAAAACAACUCUAUAUAUACUUGGACUAUUCAAAAUCCAAUGGCAUGUAAUAGUAUUCAUUCAUUUAACCAAGUGAAUAAUCACAGCAAUAUGAUCUCGUCUGCUACAUCCGUUGAUGUUGAUUUUCAGAGAUUUUGUCUUGGCUUGGGAUUCGAUAUUAAUUCCCAGAACCAAGUUAUAGGCGAUUCACAAAACAAGAACAUAUUAAUCAAUGACCAUAUACAUAAUGUAAAUAUUUGCGAGAGGAACAAUAGAGGAAAUGUUAACGGAAUUACUCUAGGUAGUCACCACAAUAUAAAGUCUUUAGAUAAUUCAGAGAGUACAUGUACAAGAGAAGGAGACGGAAUUUCAGUGGAAAGUGGUGUCAAUGAGACAUAUAUUAAUGGCUCUAACCUCACUGAAAACAAGUUAGAGAAUAGAGACUUACAGAUUGGCUCUAAUAUGGAUAACCACUUAAUUAAUAUUAAUGAAAGCGGAACUUCGAGUAAUCUUAAUAACUCAAUUAAUGAUACUAAUACUAACUCACAAUUAUUUAAUAAUUCUGCAUUUCCUCCACUAACAAGUGCACUAAUUAAACAGAUACCGUCGUCAAAAGAUUCGACAAAGAUAUCUAAUAAUGCAUCCAAUGCCAGUCAUAAUAACGUACCUAACACAGUAAACUCUCAACACAAUGAAUGCUUAAAUUCCUCAAAUAGUCCAAAACUAUCCAACGCCUCUAUUUCAGGUUCAAACCAGAACAUUAACAAUAAUAACCCCUCAACCGGCUCAAACCCUAAGUUGAUCUCGAUGAUGGGUGUGAGGAAUGAGGGUUCUAUUAGAAACAACUUAAAUAUAGGUAGUGCUCUGUCUACAAACAAUUCAAAGCAAAAUACAAUUAGUUCUGGAAAAGCUGGAGUGGUAGUAAACUUGAACAUUUCAACAGGAAAUGUGUCGUAUAUUGAUGCAGUUUUACAUAAGAAUGAUAGCGGUGGAGGGGGGGUAACUACAACUUCAUCUAGCACUGGGAGGUCGGAAAAUCAGGCAUCUAUUAACAGCGAUAUAUCGAAUAUUAGUAAUGAUAGUUCAGGCAACCUGUUAGCCGUUAACACGGAUGAAGAUUCUUCAGCUGCUCUUGGUGCACAAGGCGAACCAUAUAAUUACAAAAGAGCUCUUUGUAGACACUGGAUGCGGGGCUAUUGUUGGCUUGAGGCAGAUUGCAAGUUUGCUCAUGGCGAGGCUGAAUUGAGAACGAGGGACGGCAAGUUACGUCACCCUACUCUUUCAACUGGAGGCACUGAGGUUUCUGGCCAAAACCAGGGACAACCACAAUCCCAGGCCCAAUCUCAGUACCAAACUACAACACAAUUACCAAAUGUGAAUAAUGUUACAAUACCAUCUGGAAACUUAGCAGCAACUUCAACUUCAACUUCUUCUACAUUCACAUCAUCUUCUACGAGUGGAGGGUCUAACAUAUCAAGUAUUCAAUCAAAGGGAUUAAAACAGCAAUCGGGGAACAGUAAAAAUGGAGGUAAUGCAAGCUAUGCAGCAACUGCAGCAAGCAGCUUAACAAGUACUGUUUUAAAUAGUGAUUCCAAUAUUAGCUAUAGUGUUAUGGUUGUUUCAGGAGCUUCUAAUUUGGACUCUAAACGUUGA